AUGACUGGGUUACCGAGUUGCCGUGAUGUUGUAGCGAAGAAGACCUCGCAACAUAGCCAACAAACAUUUUUCGAUGCCUACGAUGGAUCUCUUGUUCUCAGGAGCAAAAAGUCACGGGAAGAUGGCUUCUACCUCGAAUCAUCCAAGCAAACUUUACCACUCCCGUCACCUCCCCAGACUCCCGCAAACAGCCCCUCCAAAAGCAUUACCUCUGAUCUUUUCCAACACACAACUGUUCUCGGUUCAUUUGGUAGUUCGGGAUUAAAUUCGUGCCUAUAUUCGUCUCAUUUUCAUGUUCAAAUUCUCCAACCACUUAUUAUCGCCGCUACAUCAAGAUCUGUUGCCAAUCACACUGAUUUGAGGCCUUCGGCCCCUCAAACUCCCUCCUCUCAACACAACCACUACAUUGCAAAACGCGAGAGGCAUGGGGAUACCCACGGCACCGGGCGAAGGCGAUGGAUAUUAUUCUUAGAAAAUAUCUCUCCGUCUGUGAUUGGAGAUCAUGACCAAACCACCAUCAUCGGCUGA